CCAUAAGCACAUGAAGUGACUAAUCAAAGUCAACGGUUGACUGAAGUCGGUGCCCCCACCCUAGCCUACUUAUGCAGAGCAUCUUUUGACGCGGAAGAACGCGUCGCGGGGCGAUAAAGUAUGACUUAGUAUUGCAUUGCAAAUAGCGCAUUGGACGCCUGUUAACGCAGCGUCCUCGAGCACAGAGACGCUCCUGUUGCAUUCCGCAGAGGUAGUGCGCAACUAUCAAGUUUGAGCCAAGCGUUGGGAACACGACGUGUUUCUCCUCAACCCUCGCAAGAGGCAUGCCUCCUCCACCGCUUACCAAACACAAGGCAAAAUCGUGAAUCUGGAGUAGACCAUUGUAAAGACAACACCCAGAGACUUCUAGAUAAGAGUUAGUGAUGUGAGAUAAGAGGGUUGCAAACAUCGGAGGGCUGCCGUGCACCAUAGCGGAGUUGCUGAGUCUGUCUGCGGGAAAAGGAGGACCUCACCCCCGCGAACCAGUAUCCCCUGGGGCAGGAUUGCUCAUCUAUAUCUGAAGAUUGUUUACCUAUAAAUCGCGUCUUUUAAGGGUCAGACCUCCUCGGUUGUGAAGGAUAAUCUACCUUUGAGAGGGAUUGUCUCCCCGCGUUUGUUUUGCGGCACUUAUCCCUCAAAUCGAUAAGAGUUCAUCGUUCGCCUGACUGGCGUCAUCCAAAGACAAGGUUACUGUCCAUCAUCAGGUUUUUAAUCAGUGCUCGGGGCGUCUUGGGAAAACAGCCACUACAGGUUCUAAGUGAAGUCCUCUCUAGGAUGAAGAUUGUACGUUUUCCUUGCCGCUUUCCCCGCACUACCCGUCAUCUCUCUCUUUGCUUACAAAGUCUUUAAAGUUAUGCGCAAAAAAAUGACGAAUGCUCACAAGUGACCGAGGGGAGUAAAAUCAUUUUUUGUGCCGAAUUCCGGCAAUUGAAUGGAACUAGCCGUGUGUUUUAAUUAAGCGGGCCGAAGGAAUACACCGAACGAGAAAAGAAUGCAGUCGGGGAUGAGGGCGCUCUGUGCCGGCGGAGGAGCGUCACUAUGCUGCCUACUGUUACUGUGGGUUAUCUAUUCUCACCUCCUAAAAGAAGGGCAGUUGGCAGUGGGCACCUGUGAGAUUGUAAUGCUUAACAGGGACAUGAGCCAGCCACGGCGCACCAUAGCCCGUCAGACUGCCCGCUGUGCCUGCAGGAGGGGCCAGAUCGCCGGCACCACCCGCGCCAGGCCUGCCUGUGUCGACGUGAGGAUUGUGAAGAGCAGGCAGUGGUGUGACAUGACCCCCUGCUCCGAGGGCGAGGUGUGUGGUCUCCUCUUCAACCGCUCCGGCUGGACCUGCACCAAGGGAGGCGGCCGCAUCAAGACAGUCACGCCUUUGCCUAAGGAGCCAUCUUAGAGGAUCCCCAGAAACUACAGGGAGGUUUACUGACGUUUAGGCCAGUCCAUCAUGUUCAUCCUCCUGAAGCCAAGAACUGAAGCUUAACGCUCCCCUUAGGCCUCCUCAACACCACCCCCCCCCUCCCCCUCCUCCUCCUCCUCCCUCGCCCAUCCCAACUUCAACCUUCACCACGUUACAGACCUGCUAUUCAACUUUGCUUCUGAGCCUCAACAACAACAACAACAACAUGUGCCACCAACAUGUGGACCUUGAGUGGAGGGGAAACGCAGACGGGAAGGAAGGCACACUGUGAUGUUGGGGAAACACAUUCACAGCCAUACGGUCAUUCAGUGCUGUUGGGAAUUGAAAAGCAAACAA